ACACAGCCCGAAAAAGCUGCCCCCCCGGUAUCCGCGUUAUCUUCUCUAGCUGAUUCCACGGGUUUCACAAGAUUUCUCUCCCCAAAAGAAGCUGCUAUCUUUCUCUCUUUCUCUCUCGCUCGCGACCAACCCUUUUUCCCGUCAUCACCCAACAAGUAGCAGGUGGAAUGGCUAAGAGUUACUUCAAGCAAGAGCAUGAUCUUGAGAAGAGGCGCGCGGAGGCUGCCAGGAUAAGGGAUAAGUACCCAGAUAGAAUUCCGGUGAUUGUGGAGAAGGCUGAGAGAAGUGAUAUCCCAAACAUUGACAAGAAGAAGUAUCUUGUUCCUGCCGACCUAACAGUUGGACAAUUCGUAUACGUCAUUCGCAAAAGGAUUAAGUUGAGUGCAGAGAAGGCAAUCUUCAUCUUUGUGGACAAUAUUCUCCCACCAACAGGGGCAAUCAUGUCUGCUAUAUAUGAAGAGAAGAAGGACGAAGAUGGGUUUCUCUAUGUCACUUACAGCGGAGAAAACACAUUCGGGCUUGGGUGGUAGAUUUCGAUAGCUAUCUUAGCAGGUGGCCUAUUUCCACUCGUUGUCUGGUGCUAUUUACUUGGACAUUUCACUGCAUGGUUUAUGAAGAAUUUCAUUUGCAAAUCGUAUUAUGUACAGCUCGUAUAUAAGCUCCAACUAUCAGUUUAAUGAGAAAAGUUCCCGCUCCGGUGCUUUCGAUGC